CUAAGACAGGCUGAACCACUUGACUACGUUUCAAUGGGAUGCAAGUGAGCUCAGUAGCCUGUAGCAUCACAUCUCUCUUAGCGGGUUGCUGACAUCUGAACAAGAUUAACAAAAUGUUUGGGACUGUGGUGGUUGGAGUUGGAAUUGCUGGCUUAGCACGAAUCCGAGACUUGAUGAAUCCCUUGCCUUCCAGCCCUUCUGAGCACCUGAAACUCUUUGGAUUUGUAUCCAGGAGAAGUUUUGGCAGUAUCAAUGAGGUGAAGCAGAUUAGCCUGGAAGAUGCUCUGAGAAGCAAAGAGAUACAUGCAGCCUUCAUCAGCACAGAAAACAGAAGCCAUGAAGAAACUAUCAGAAUGUUUUUAGAAGCUGGGAAGCAUGUCCUUGUUGAGUACCCCAUGGCUUUGUCUGCUAAGGCAGCCCACGAGCUCUGGGAGAUGGCUGAGCAGAAAGAAAAAAUCCUCCAUGUGGAGCACAUUGAACUUCUGACUGAAGAGUACAAGCAGCUGAAGAAAGAGGUGGCUGGGAAAGACCUGGUGAAGGGAACAUUGCAUUUCACAGGUAGUGUCCUCGAUGAAAACAAAACAGGAUUCCCAGCUUUCAGUGGAAUUGCCCGACUGACUUGGCUGAUUGACCUCUUUGGAGACCUCACUGUUACCUCUGCCACCAGAGAAAAGCAGAAGGAUAAGAAUUAUUCCAGGAUGACUGUUCACUUUCAGACAGCAAACAAGAAACCUCUGACUUGGAUUGAAGAAAGGGGACCAGGGAUGAGACGUGAAAAGAAAAUCAACUUCUGUUUCACAACUGGUUGCCUGGAGAGCUUCCCUCAAGCCCCAAGGUCUGCGGUGGGCCUUUUCAUGCAGGAUCAGAACCUCUUUGCCAAAAAACUGCUGGGCCAGGUAUCCAAGGAGGAGCUGGCCGCUGAGAAGUGGCGCAUUCUGAGGUGUCUCGACCUUGCCGAGGUGAUCCAACAGCACUGUGAAGAGGCAGAGAAAAUCUGUUCCUGAGACUGCUCUUAGGGAAGGAGGAGCGCAGCAGAUGGGAAAGCUGUAGGGCUGGAGCUCACUGUUGCCAUCAAGCAGCUGCUAUUUCUGUUUCAUUGCCUUCUUCUUGACUAGUUGUGACUCCCAGGCUCUCCCGGUGAGCUGGAGAGCCUGGGCUAUAGCCCGUGCCUUCUGGUGUGUGCCAGAACAAAGCAACGUUACCUUGCUCUGAUGUGUUGCUGUCCUUCCAGGCAGGUAGGAACCUAGCAGCAGCAAGCUUUCUUGUGGUUGCUCCCACUUGAUUCAGCUGGAAAUAUCCCUGAGAGCAGAUCCUGGAGGACUGCAAAUACUAGACAAAGUUUUCCCUCCUGAGGUGUUUUCCCCCUCUCUAGAUAUAUCUGAAAAUGAGAUGUCUCAUUUAGUAGUAUUCACAUAGUAUUAUCUAUAAAGAAGUAUGAGCUAGAAUGAAGUUCUAGAUGAGAUUUCCACCUCUUUACUUGAUCUGCAGAACUUGUGCCACCACGGUCCUGACCUUUUCUUCCAUUUGACCUGAAUUGUACUGUGUGUUUGCUCUAAUUAGUAGUUGUGCCUGUCUGGGUUUUUGGGGUUUUUUUUGCACUUUGGAAAUCAUCUACCUUCAAACAGAAUCUACAUGGGUAUCAAACCAGAAUAGAAGAUAUACCUUGUUUCUUGGUAGGUGCCAAAUUGAGUUCAGUCACUCCAUUUUUCUGGUGCCCUGUGCCAACAAAGAAAUCUGCCUUCUUUCCACUGAAUCUAUUUAUUUUAAAUAUAUAUACUUUUUUUUUUUGGUGCUAGAAGCAGCAUAUUAUUACCCUUCAUUUGUGUUCUUUAUCUAGUUCAGCAUGCGAAUGGGUCACUGCUAAAAAUAAUAUACAUCCUGCCUUUAAGAAAAAAAAUAACUCCUGGAAACAGUGAAAUUCAUUACACAUACAGAUAAAAUUAGAAUAGAACUGCAGAAAAUGGAGCAAUUUGCCAAUAUAGUCAUGCAGUUAUGUCGUAUGACACCUGUGGGGAUGGGUCUUUAGCAUUUUGCACUAGUCCUAGGAUCAUGUAUAAAGACAUUAUCCCUUCCCUAAAGAAUCAUUUUAGUUUUAGGAGAAGCCUGAGCAGUGCACAAAACUGUUAACAAUUCCUCUGUUCGCCUUUUACUUUCUAAUUACAGCAUUGUUGGUGCUAUAUUGAUACAGCAGCAAACUUCAGUCUGCACAGUUGUUCUUUCAAACACAGAACAUUAAUUUCUUUACUACAUUAUCACUCGGGUAAGUUUUUAAUAAGGGAGCAUAAAUGUUGUGAACCUAUAUAUAAUUACAGCCAGUCAAUAUUGGUGGAAGAAAGUCUUUCUUUGGGUAAAUCCUGUUCAUUCAGAAGUUGGAUACAGCUCAGUUAAUCUCAAACAGGGAAGAAAAGACUAUUUUUUCCCAAAUCAGUCAGAUUUCAGGAGCCACUGCAGCUUGAUAUGUAAUGAAUUCUGUGUGUGAGGUUUGUUUAAUUCUGUUAAAAUCAGAGAAAAGCCUUGUAUUUACUCCAAUGACUUGAAACCCACGUGGAUUGCCAGCAGAUUUGUUCAGGCAGAUCAUGCCCUUGUCCACCCAAAUGGACACCCUACUGAGGGUGUUCCUUAUCAAUGUGAUGGACAUUACCUGGGCAGAUCUGAUGCUGUAUGAGAGGAAAAACUGGGUUUGUGGCAUUGGAACGAGAAUUAAAAUGGAGAAUUGAGAUUGGAAUGAAAUGAAAAUCUGCUGUGUAUAUCUACCUGCCAUGUGUGGCAGCACAGGAGAGGUCCUGUUUCUUGACAGACUCCUCAGCUGUGAAUAUGGGAUGAAUACCACUUGUUUACAUGAUAAUUCACAACGGGUGGCUGGGGAAGGAGGGCACAAGGGGGAAGAUUCACACUCCUCAUCUAUAGGCAUCAAAAUUAGGCAACCACAUCUCCCUGGGCAUACUCUGCAGUUGCUGGCAAGAGCAGUGUUCCUCUAAGAAGUGGGGAGGAGAUUCACAGGAGCUCUGCAGAGCAGCAGUAUAACAUCGUGCAGUGAAUCACCCUCUGGAGAAGCUUGUUUCUACAGAGAGCACCUGGGGAAAUUAGCUGGUUAAUUUGAGCUAGGGAAGACAGAUGCCUAGAGCUGGAUAUCCUGCUCUGUCUUCCCCCCACCCCCCUCCCAAUCCUCCCAGCUAACCUGCCUGCACGCUGCUGUGUGCCCUGCUGCUGAGAGCCUGCAGCAUUCAAAAGGCUUUUCCUUCAGUCCUGUGAAUUUGCUGAGGUACCACGAGGGGUUGUAUAUGAGAGCUACUUGACAUUAAGCUUCACCUAAAUGUAUUGUUUAACCAGAUGUUGAACUUGCCAAUAAAAUAUUUGAGCUCUUAAUAA